CGAGACAAAACUUCACGAUAAAAACGAAAUGAUAAAAUCAAACGAUAAAACCAACAGAUUCAAUGAAAAACAUUGAAAAGUCGUGAGUUUUUCCUCGAAGUUCACUACAAUGUAACAAUUUCUUUUAACAAAACCAAAUAUUUUUCAAUUGCAACAACAUUUAUUGCAAUUCACAUUCCAAAGUCACCAUAACCAAACUUAAAAUAGUGUUUUCAAUUCAUCUGUUGUUGUCUGUCAAAAGCAUAAAAAUACAUGAAGAUGAACAGUUCCCUGAAGAGGGUUGAGUUACAAGCGGACGUGUAUAUGACGUGUUUGCAACAUGCAUUGUCCACUGAGAAUUACGAGGUCAUGGGAUUGCUGAUUGGAACCAUGAUCGAAGAUGUUGCGCAGAUUUCUGCUGUAAUAAUUCUUCGACGACUCGAUAAGAAGAAAGACAGAGUUGAAAUAUCACCUGAGCAGCUGAUGAAAGCCACUGCUGAAGCUGAGAGGUUUGCUAGUGAGUCUGGACUUCCCAUCAGGGUCAUUGGAUGGUAUCACAGCCAUCCACAUAUUACAGUUUGUCCUUCUCACGUUGACGUGGGAACACAGGCAACAUAUCAAAUGAUGGAUUCAGGAUUCGUUGGACUCAUUUUUUCGGUUUUCUCAGAGGUUAAGGACACAAAGGAGCAAGAGGUCUUCUUGGCGUGUUUUCAAUCGCAGAAUAAUGAAGCUGUUGAAAUUCCUCUGCAAAUUGUUUACACCAGUGAAAUAUCCGAUCGAUGUCUCAAAACUAUGAUUCAACUUCCAAGAAUCCUCGACCAAGAAGAGGAGAACGCAGCAGACUCGUGUGUAAAUAAUACAGAUCCACUAGCAACAAUUUACAACGAUGCUGUAAAAACUCGUCAAUUUGCUCACAUAACCGACAUCAUCACUCGACCCCUGAUACUAUCCCUGGAAUCGAGAAUCGAGAUGAAUCGAAUUCGUGUCAAUCAACUUCGAAAAGAACUCGCCGUACUGCAAAACAUUCAGAUUCAUUGAUCAAUCGUACUCCUAUCGAUCUUCACGUUGAAUAAAUUAUCUGCUGAAAUUUU